CCUCGCCCCACCAACAUGCAUUCCGACUCCGAAGACGACUACGUCGCUCGUGAGAGCAGCGCCUCCGCCGCCAGCCAUGGCCACUUCGACUCCGGCCGUAUCAGUGGGGAGGGAUCCCCCAUGAUGAUGUCCCCUUGGAAUCAGACCACCAUGCCUCCCUUUGCCAGCUCUUCCUGGUCCACCGACGAUGAAAACGCCCCCCAGAAUAGUCUCAUCGGCUCGCUUGUUCGUGAAGAAGGCCAUAUCUAUUCCUUAGCCGCUUCCGGUGACCUCCUCUACACCGGCUCCGACAGUAAGAACAUUCGCGUCUGGAAGAACCUUCAAGAGUUCAGCGGCUUCAAAUCAAACAGCGGAUUGGUUAAAGCCAUCAUCAUCUCCGACAGAAAAAUAUUCACUGGUCACCAGGACGGUAAAAUUCGCGUUUGGAAAGUCUCUCCGAAAAAUCCCAGCGUUCACAAGCGUGCCGGCACGUUACCUUCUCUGAAAGAUAUCUUCAAGAGCUCCAUCAAGCCCAGCAAUUACGUGGAGGUUAAAAAGAACCGAACCGCGCUAUGGAUCAAGCACUGCGAUGCCGUUUCCUGCCUGUCCUUGAGCAUGGAUAAGACGAUCCUGUAUUCGGCUUCAUGGGACCGAACCAUAAAGGUAUGGAGGCUAUCUGAUUCCAAGUGCAUGGAGUCGAUCAGCGCCCACGACGAUGCAGUGAACUCGGUGGUGUGCGGGUUGGACGGAAUGGUGUUCUCAGGAUCAGCGGACGGCACGGUGAAGGGGUGGCGGAGAGAGCAACAAGGGAAGGGCACGAAGCACGUGGCGGCACAGACGCUGUUGAAGCAAGAAUUUGCGGUGACCUCAUUAGCAGUGGACCCCACUGGGAGCAUAGUGUACGGAGGGUCCUCGGACGGGAUAGUGAAUUUCUGGAAGAGAGAGAAGCAGUACGCGCACGGAGGGGAGAUGAAGGGACACAAGCUGGGAGUGCUGUGCAUGACGGCGGCGGGGAAGUUGGUGUUCAGUGGGUCGGCGGACAAGACGAUAUGCGUGUGGAGGAGGGAGGGGGAUAUUCACACGUGCCUGUCCGUGCUGACGGGGCACGACGGACCGGUGAAGUGCUUGGCGGUGAUGGAGGACAAGGGAGCAUCGGGGAAAGGAGACGAACGGUGGGUGGUGUACAGUGGGAGCCUGGAUAAGUCGGUGAAGGUUUGGAGCGUUACGGGGCAGAACCUGGGGACAGGGCAGCAGCUCCCGGAUUUCGACUCCAUCCCAUCGGAUGGCAGCUUCUCUUCUUCAACCCGACCCAACAACAAAAGGUAAUUUCUUCACUUGCGGGUAUGCCAGCAUUUCUCCAAGUGAAACAAACUUAAUGCCACCAGCCAAAAGCAUGUAUUUUAAUUUUAACAGUAUAUAUAUAUGCACCCACCAUC